AUGAGAUUUCUUUACAUGCCUAGUAUUUCCAAAGAUAAUGCGACUCGCUUCAGAAACCACUGCGGCGGCGGCGGGCCCGAAGACGUGUCGUUCAGUAGGAUCGGCGGCCUCUCGUGGGAGCAGUGGUCGGCGCGCCUGGCGCUGCCCUUCGCGGGCAUGCGCGUGGCCGCCCCCGCCCUGCCCCCCGCGCCCGGCGAGCCCAGCUUCAGCUGCCCCGACUGCGGCCGCCUCUACAAGCUCAAGUCGUCGCUGCGCAACCACCAGAAGUGGGAGUGCGGCAAGGAACCGCAGUUCCAGUGCCCCUACUGCGUGUACCGCGCCAAGCAGAAGAUGCACAUCGCGCGCCACAUGGAGCGGAUGCACCGCGAGGUACACCUCAAGCCCGAGCAGUACAUCAAGCAGGACAACGUCGACGCCUGCACAUAG